CUUGAUCUUGACCAGCACGUUUGGAUUCAUGGUGAAAGAGACCAAACAAACCAACUCACAGGCAGAUCCCGACUUGUGAAAGCCUCAAAGGUUUCAAUCUACACGUGGAUACCUGAACCCAGCAAUCAAGUUUUUUUUUCUUUUGGAGAACUCUUAUAUUUAUUUCUUUUCCUUAUUUCACAUUAUUCACUUUUUAUUUUGUAUUAUUAUCGUCCCCCCCGACCCCCCCCCACCCCACUCCAAUCCGCGCCACUCCCGGGAUUUAAGCUUGGCCCCCUCCCCUCCAGAGCGGGUGUGCGUUUAAAGUUGGCCCAAGAUGCGGUGUCUUCUCCCGCUCACUGUGUAUUGCAUCAGCCUGGUUUCCCUCCAGCUGCAGGCUGCACCGGUGGAGGAGCGCUCCGACAGCAGCACCAGGUCGGACCUCUUCAGCAAACUCAUCGGUCAGACGGAGGAUAAAGCCUUGGCGUCGGGAAACCAGCCAAACACCGCCAUGCCCUCUUCAGCCCCCAGCCAAUCCCCAAAAUGGCUGCCUGGUUUCCUCAGAAGCCCACCGGCCUCAGGAGCGAGAACAGUCUCGCCAAGCCUGGGUUGGCUUUCUAAAGUUUUGCAGUUCAAGACGAGGGCACUGAGAGUUCGCCGCCAUGCCCACUCGGGUUCGCGAGGGGGUCACCACUACCCUCAUCAUGCCCAGCUGAAGAGAGUGGGUUGUGUCCUGGGAACCUGCCAAGUGCAGAACCUUAGCCACCGGCUCUAUCAGCUCAUUGGUCAGAGUGGCAGAGAAGACUCGUCCCCCAUUAAUCCCAGAAGCCCUCAUAGUUAUGGAUGAGUCAGACACCUCCAAACUCCCACAGCAAGUCUAUCUAUAUCUCCAUUUAUUUAUCUCUUAAUGUAUUACUGAUAGUCUUUUGCAUUUACGUUUGAUGUAGUCCUUAACUUAUGUGUAUCCAUCUCAAAAUGACAAUUAUACUUACAAAUGACUGAAUGUCAUGCCUCGCUACUUAUUGUGCUGAUUAAUGGAUUUGAAGAUUCAAAUUCAAGAUGCAACUGUCUGAAUCCUUUUCGAAACCCCUGAUUUGAGGUCCACCGCCAUCCUGAGAACAUUUGAAAGACACUGAAGUUUUUUUCGAUUCUCCCUCCUGAACGCUCAAGAGAAACCAAGAGGCCUCCGUUUGGUGUCUUAAUCCUGUUAAUGUAAGAAUGAAGGCUUGUCUUCAACACCAACCAGUGGCUCGGCCCUGUCUGCCAACUGACCUCCCCAGCGGUGGUUAUCCCGCAGCUCAUUGAUCAAACACUUAAGCCCUUAAUGUGGAUUUCAACCUGCACUCUGAGCUGGAGCCCUGUCAAAACCAAUGUAUUCCCAAAGACCUGGUAAUUUGACCCGAUGAACUCUUUUACCUCCUUGAUUUGCGCCCUCCUUUUUUGGUCAACUUAUUGCACUCAUUUCACCACUGCACAUAAUUUGAAGAGGAACACUGACAUCCCUGGAGCAGUCCACGAGCUUUCAGCUGAACUGGGAAUUCAUCGCUCAGCAAGACGUUGUGUUUCACAACCACGACUUUACAUUUGAAACCAGCCACAGCACUUCAGCUAGACCCAAGUUUAGAGCAUUCGGAGUCAGGUCUCAACCACAUAAAAUCCAUGUUGACAAUGAAAAAAGAAGAAGGUUCAGAAGCCACUGCUUUGGGAGGAAUGUCAGUUCCCAAAGGACCAGUUUCUUUGUUGCAUUAUAGUGGCUGGUUGGCUGACAUAGUAGUGAAGCCUGGAGCCAUGGAUCAGCACUCAGUCGUACCACUGCUGGCAUUUUCUCUGCCAGGGGCCAAGUCUGAAAUAUUAGCCCUUUCACGUGAGUCAUAAGUUCCCCCUCCAAGUCAGGACUUUGGGUUGACACAAGUUAUUAAACUUGGCUUAAUCACUUCAGUCAUAUAUACCGACACAGCUGGGGAGGGUGGGGCCCUGGGCCUCCACUAGUCUGCACACUCAACACUUACACAUAAAUAUAAAGAGUAAGGCAUAUGGCCCCCACACAUUUGUGCACAUGCAGCCUUAAAGGGUCAGUUCAAUUUGUUUUUUUUAGUGAGUGAGUUCUUAGUGUAGGUCAAAUAAAACCCAAACUAACUUUGUAUAGACACAUUUUCUAAUUAGGUUGAAGUAGCCCUUUAAAUGGUUACGUGCCCCCAAAAAAAGAAUCCACUUACUUUUUAUAAACAUACACUGAGCUGACUCUUUACAGCAAGGGACCAAUUAAGCAAAGUGGACUGAGGGAAUAUAGCAAUACUCUCAAGUACAUCCCAUGAAGUGUUCUUACAAGUUAGAACAUUUUUCUUCUUAUGCUUAAGUGUUCAGACGGAGGAUGUAAGCCCAUGAGAUUUUUUGCAGCAUCAUUCCCUAUGAAUUAAAAAACUAAAAUCUUAUAAUGAGUUUCUAAAUGCCAGACAAGAGGGAUUUUUUUUAGAACAUAUGACAAAAGGUCAAUUGUUUCUUAUGUUUCCUCUUGGCAAUACCUGACAGCACUUUGCACCAAUUUACAAAAUUUUGUUGGCAGCACCAGGCACCCUAAAAGUCCUACUGUUACAAUGUGGGUUUCUAAUGAGAGACCACGGUGACCAAAAUGUUAGGUGUAAGACAGCCUGAUUUCAAAUAACACACAAAAUAGCGUAGCACCAUCACAAAUACAUGCCCUGACAUUUCUGUUCUUUAAUUAUGUCCAUCUUUGAAACGGUGGACAGAUGAUGGACUAAGACUAAACGAGGUCGAGCUCUCCUCAUAAUGCAAGAAGUCAAAAAGUCAAACAACCCCCCCCCCCAAAAAAAAAUGCAACCAAAGCUAUAAAACCCACAUGGUUAUUCUGAGAAACAUUUAUAUUACAUAAUACUUACAUAUUCCAAACUUCUGUUCCAGGACUUAACUUUAUUGUAGUCUUAACUUAGACUAUUUCACAUUUCAGUAGAAAAAGCAGCGAAUGUAUGUGCACACUCACUUAGUUGUUUGAUCAUAGAAGCAUUUGAGCUUUUGUUAUAGCUUCACAUAUGUUUUGUAUUCUUAAGAUCAUUAGUUGAAACUCACCAAAUACCUGGCAAUACUUGACGUCAUAUAUUAAUGUGUUUUACAUCUUAAUCUAUGUUUCUUCUGAUUCUUGUUUUUCUUUGAUAUUUGCCCUAUUCUCCUUCAUCAACAGCUUCUUUAUAUUAAGCCUCUCAGCCCGCUCUGCCUCUCGUUCCCUCUUCUAUCUGUAAUCAUUGGAGCCUGGAGGUCACAGGGUAAUAAUCAUUGGUUCCUUAGUCCCUAAAUCUAAUCUCUUCAUAGGCUUGCUGAGGUGAAACAUGCCAUCCUCUUAGCUGUAAUGGAGCUAAUCAUUGUCUCGUGACAAAUCAUUAAAAAGGCUUUUUAAAUGCUGAAAAACCCUGGUGGAUAUCUCUUCUUUUCGAAAUUCACUGUUUCACAAGUAUGUGUUUGAGCUGAGUUAUGCAUCCUAUCAGGACACUUAUCUCCUGUGUUUGAUCUGUGCUCUGGACCAUUGUGCCACUAGCCUUUUUUUUCCACUGUACUUUUCUUACGUCGGGCAUUGCGUCAUGUCAAGUUGUGUGAACAAACUGUGCGUGACCGCUAAUACCUCCCCAAAUAAACAUACUCAGAUUUCAUAGCUCAGUUUUUCAAAGACGUACAGUAGGAAUGAGGUCAGUGUCGGCAUAUAAAAAAAAUGUUUCUGUUAGUGUUAGUGUACAAUAUAGGAAGACCUCAGUGGAUCUACUUUUUCCUUUUUUUUCCCUUUUGAAAUCCACAUAAUCUGCUUUGUUAGUCACAGGAAAGCACUUUAAUGCAACAAUGUGUUCAUCAAUAGUUUCUCACAGCUUGAAUUUCAUUCAUUGUAAUGAACAUGUGAAAGUUGGUUCCUAUUGUAAAUGUUGCAUUUGAGAUGUGUUUGAAUAUGUCAGUGCACUUAAUGUGUCAUCACGGUGACUGUGAAGGGUGACUGUCAUGUGCCCCUGUGAA